UUUGUCUUGUGAAACAUUUUCCGGCAAUAAUAUUUAUUUAUGACCUAUUAAAACGUCUUUGCUUAAUUUUACUAUUAUUUAUGAUGUUUUAAAUAAUAUAUAUUACAGUGAGACAACUUUUAGUAUGGAGCUUACAUUCACAAAGGCGCGGCACCACCGCACGUUGAUGUGCGCUUUGGUUGCGUGCAACGUGGGCGCUCUCGUCAUCGCUAUAAACCUCGUCAUAGGACUUAAUCCGGAGGAUAGAAUCUCGGUGAAGCGUGGUGCAGUGCUAACUGCUCUGGGAUUAGUGUACUUCGUGACACUCUUCGAACUCUUCAACGUGGCCGCGCUGUUCACCGGCGCCGGUGCUCGAUUCCGACACAAGUACCGACUCAGCUGCGGAGAAGUACUCGAUAUAUCCAACAAAUUAGUAUCAGCGGUGCAGGCUGCAUUCUCGUGCGCGACUGGCGCAAUAGUGUGCGCGUGGUCAUGCACGCGGGACUUCAUGCGUUCCUCGCACUUUAUGUCUGAGGCAUAUGCAUGGUUCGGAGCAGCCUAUUUUUUCUACGAUAUUUGGUCCAUGUACAUGGUUUACGUGCAUAUGACAACGAAUAUUGACUAUUUCAAGACUAAGUUAAGACGUCCUUCCAAGUCGGAAGCAUCGCUCUCCUCAGGGGACGCGGUGGUCACGAAACGUCCCUCGUUUUUCACCUACUGUCGUCACGAGCCCGUCAUUCUGAUGCACCACCUCUUUAUCGGAGGAUUCGGAUUCCUCUUCAUAAUCUACCUGCGCGGCGGGCUGGGCGACUGCGCGUUCGGCUUCGUGUACCUGAUGGAGCUGUCGACGCCGCUGGUGUCGCUGCGCGGCGUGCUGUCGCGGCUCGGCCUCAAGCGCUCGCGCGCCUACGUCGUCAACGGGCUCGCCAUGCUGCUGGCCUUCCUCGCGUGCCGCGUGCUGGCGCUGCCCUACGCCUGCCUGCUCUACAGCCGCGCCGUGGGGCUGCCCUACUUCGACGCGUUAAAAUCAUUACCGACCGGUUGCAAGAUCUCCAUCGGCAUCCUUCUGCUGCCGCAGCUGUACUGGUUCUACCUCAUGUCGGUCGGCGCCGUCAAGGUGUUCCUCCGCAAGUCGGACAAGCCGCCGGCCGGCGACCGGACGUCCGGCAAGGUCGAUAAGUCGGCGGCGCAGUUCCCGGAGCUGUCGGCCGGCGACGCCGACAAGCGCAGUUGAUGUAAGCGCCGGCGGCACCGGAAGAGCGCCCAGCUCUGUCACUCCCAGUAGCCUUGCAUUCUGAUUGUCCAUUUGAUACUGUUAUUGUGACUUUGACACUUGACGAACUGUCGGUCGAUAGUUUCUCGACUGAACUCUCGACCGAUUGAGUCGCAACGUGCGCUAUCUUUAAUGGCUGUUAUAGGAUAUAUGAAUACAUUUUAAUUUAAAUUCCGGAUAGGUGAAUAACGGGGAUAACGAAUAUAUACGAACGUUUUAAAGGAUACGGCAAAUGCUUUUUAUACUUUUCUGUUACUGAAAUGAACGUCAUACCAAAGACAAGGGCUUCGAGCUUUACGAGAACCGUCGCACAAUUUUCGACUACAAGAUGACGCACAAUAAUACUUUUUUACCGUUAUAGUUAAAAUUAUUUCUUUGCAUUCAAACAAUCUCAUAUUAUUUCGAAUAACUUAUAAUAAAGCUACCUAAUUGGACUGUUUCGUGCAGAAAUGUUUCAACAUAGAGAGUUUAUAAACGAUAUUAAGAUUUAAAAAGAAAAAAAAAAAUAACGACAAUGCUUUUUUUUAUAUUAUUUUAAAGACUUUUCAUAACUGUAUUUUUUCAUAUAAAUGGUUGACUCUCUCAAAUCUUAAUAACGACAAUUAAUAAUUCUAUGAAUUAGAACAUUUCCACUCGACACAGUCCAGUUUAUUUAUUAUUUUCUCAAAGACGAAAAAAAUCUUUAAGAGUUAUAUUAGUAUAUAUUUUUGACGUUGAAGGAAAGGAGGGUUCUAUUUAUUAAUUCUAUUCAAUUUUAAAUCUGAAGGUGACUUUUUUCAUUUCGAUAUCGUUUCUACUUAAAUUUUAAGAUCGAUACGAAUAGAUGUCGUUUUGUUUGGCUAUCGUAUAUAUGUUAUAUAGUCUAUUACAAUGGCAGGAGGAGUAAAUAUAAACAAACCUUAGAUUGAAAUAAUAUCGAGUUCCUAUUAGCUCUGCUAUAUUAUGGACUACAAACAAUUCAUUAGAUUAAUAUUUAUUUAUUUAUAAUACGCUAUUCUUAAUUACUUUUAUCCACUUUAAUUUAUAUCAAAGUUCCGUUAACAUUUUCGUCAACAUGCAAAAUGAUAUUUUUUCAAGAUCCAUAAUUAGUACCUUAGAUUAUUGUAAAUCUCGACAAAUAAUGUCGUUUAAAUUCAAGGUCAAAGUUAUUUUUACUCCUCGUGCCAUUUGGAUGGACUAGUUACCUAUAACAUAACACUACAAGGUUUAUAAUUUAUAUUAAUAAUAUUUAUUUUAAUUUUAACUAUGUAUAAAUUAGUGUUUACCUAAAUGUAUCGGUGGUUUGAUGUUGUACUGUAUCUGCACGUCUUUGUAUAAUCUGUACUAUUCCUAAAACUAUUACUUUAUUACAAUAUAAUUUGUACGAAAUAAACAAUGGAAUUUAGUAUUCAUAUUAAAAUUAUUUAAAUGUUAUGACUGACGGAUUUAAUAUUUUGUACAAGUUGUGUUGAUAAUGACUAAGGCUCAGUGUACAUGGCGCCGCGACUGUGACCCGAUAAGAAUACACUGCAUACGGUCCGCAAUGCAUCCACGCCGCUGUUUUGCGUAUUACGUACAUGUAAAGCAUAAUGCAUGAAUAGCUGUUUUUGACAUUUUGAUACUUUUUUUCAGAAGAGUAUUAAUUUCAACCUUUUCUUCCCGGAAGAUUAAACUAAGACAUGCUUAUCACCGUUUUCGACGCAUGUUUGUGUUUUCGUAAUUGUGAAAUAUCAAAUUUUUUUCCAAUAAAUAUAAUUAAAAAGCGUGUCGUCUGGUUACGAUAAUAUUAUCCUACAUUAUCUGUGGUUUAUCUAAUCACGGGAUCUGCGAGUGUUUCGCGAUAUGGAUGCAGCUGUGACGAGGAUGUCUCUACUCACGGUAUUGCGGUCCGGCGAUGCAAACGCGGCGCCAUACAUACUAAGCCUAAACAGGAUGUCAGUAUUUGUAUUGCAUUUAUAUAUGCCUUCUGUUAAUUUUUCACUUCAUUUAAAACGGCCAAUGAUUUUUAUCUCUAAAAAGGUUACGCUUUGUUACAAUUACACAUUAAUCUGGUGUCAUUACAGGUCUAUUCAUUAACAAAGGCGCGCACCGUACUUUAAUUUAAAAAUAAAUAAUCUAAUUUGUAUUUUUUUUGCUGUCUUUACUCUUAGUCGUCUAACGCACACUAAGACGUACUGUAAGCUUGAGCGUCAUUCACCCAUACUAAAGCACAUCGAUGCUAGCCUAACGUGGAACAGCGCGUAUUCGUGAGAGAAUAGAUCUAUGUAUAAUAUUUAUUUAUUACGUUAUACAUAGAGGUAUAAAAACAUUGUUGUUAAAAUAUCUAUGUAAUGAAAAAAGAAAAAAAAUAUUCGGAAUUUAAGUUGGCCGGUCUAAAGUUAGGCUCUCUGAGACAUGUGAACGUGAACGUCUCGGAGAGCCCGCAUAUCAGCUUAAGAUUUCACGCAACAAUCAGUAAAAUAAACGAAAAUAGACCGCGUUAACGUUAUUGUAUCCUCGUAAUAUUCCCGUCGGAGGACGAUCGCUUACGACAUUGUCGUUCCUCCCACUCCUUCACGCGUAAUGGGCGUAAGGUUGGUUAAUUCUAUGAAUAUUUUAAUAACAAGCAAAGUUAUAGGCUUUCUUAAUAAACUUUGUUAUACAGGUAUUUAGUUAAACACUGAAAUCUCUCUUUCUCUCAUCACUGAUUGGACAUUUGAAAGAAUGAGACACAACAUUGUUUUACUAAUCACCUCAAUCACCGAACAUUUAUUGGUAAGACCGUAUAUGUUUGCAAUCACUAUAGACCGGACAACUUAGAUCGCGUGUAUUUCACUUCAUUGCGAAUAAAAGGGAGGUAAUCUACUUCCACUGGGUGUAAUUCUUUUUUUGAAUUUUUAUAAAUAACGAACUCUUCGUAAAGAUAAACGUCACAGGAAUGGCUUCGCAUUUAUUUCUUCGUUUAAUUUUAAGCUAUUUUAAAUCUCUUUAUCUUCCAAAAAAAUCAUCUCAUUAUAUCGAAUCUUACUUUAAAAAAUAUCUCUUUUGUCAAAAAUAUGUAUUCUUUAAAAGAAUUAUUAUAUUUUGUUUGUAUUAUUUAUUAUAUGUUAUAUAUAUAUAAAUUAUUUUCCUUUAGAAAUGGUGAAUUGGUGUAGAAGGAUAGGAGGUUAGGGAGCACUGGUAUAGUUGGUAUCGACACUAUAGUUGAUGUUAGUAUAGUUAAUGAAUGUUUUGAAUGGUGCUUACACAUUGACACUUAUAAAGGUAGUCGUCUAGUUAUUAGAAUUUAACGUUGCGAUAUUCGACCUUGCGUGGUUCGCGUAAGGAUCGAUAUCAAUUGGGUGUAACCUCAUUGUUGAUAAUGAGAAUUAAAGUUAUGACUUAUUGAUGAACUAUUACAAUUCGACACUCGGCAUUAAAUCAAAUUGUCACACAGACAAAAAAAAAA